UCAGGUAUCACAGAGGCCCCCCUCACCAGGAAGUGCUAUGCCGGAGAGCUCUUUGCUUUUGUUUUGACGAUGAUAGAAGAGGAAGAAUUUGAAUUCGCUGAGGAUUUGGAGGCUAUUUUGCAUCUAACCCCUGAGGUGCAACUAGCCAUUGAACAGGUUUUCCCCAGCCAAGACCCGCUGGACAGAGCAGACUUCAAUGCUGUGGAAUACAUCAACACACUGUUUCCCACCGAGCAGUCUUUGGCUAAUAUCGAUGAUGUGGUAAACAAGAUUCGUCUGAAGAUUCGGCGCCUGGAUGACAACAUCAGGACAGUGGUGAGAGGCCAGACCAAUGUGGGCCAGGAUGGCAGACAGGCUUUGGAAGAGGCCCAGAUAGCCAUCCAGCAGCUCUUUGGCAAAAUCAAAGACAUCAAGGACAAGGCAGAGAAGUCUGAACAAAUGGUCAAGGAGAUUACGAGAGACAUAAAGCAGUUGGACCAUGCCAAGCGCCACCUCACUACAUCCAUCACCACCCUCAACCACCUGCACAUGUUGGCAGGGGGUGUUGACUCUUUAGAAGCCAUGACCAGAAAGAGGCAGUAUGGUGAGGUGGCCAACCUGCUGCAGGGAGUGGUCAAUGUGCUUGAACAUUUCCACAAGUACAUGGGCAUACCCCAGAUCAGACAGCUUUCUGAGAGAGUAAAGGCAGCGCAGAGUGAGUUGGGGACUCAGAUCCUGGCAGAUUUUGAAGAGGCCUUCCCCUCUCAAGGCUCCAAGAGACCAGGUGGCCCCAGCAAUGUUCUGAGAGAUGCCUGUCUGGUGGCCAAUGUGCUGGACCCACGCAUCAAACAGGAGAUCAUCAAAAAGUUUAUUAGGCAGCACCUCUCAGAGUACCUGGUAUUAUUCCAGGAAAACCAAGAUGUUGCAUGGCUUGACAAGAUCGAUCGCCGCUAUGCCUGGAUCAAACGGCAGCUGGUAGACUACGAGGAGAAGUAUGGACGCAUGUUUCCUGAGGAGUGGUGCAUGACAGAGCGUAUUGCUGUGGAGUUCUGCCACAUCACCAGGGUGGAACUCGCCAAAGUGAUGCGAACACGGGCUAAGGAAAUUGAGGUGAAGCUGCUUUUGUUUGCCAUUCAGAGGACCACAAACUUCGAGGGUCUUCUGGCCAAACGCUUCACAGGAUGCACCUUGACCGACGUACCUGGACAGAAGAGGCCAGAGAGUCCUCUGGAACCCACUAACCCUUUCCUGGAGGAUGAGCCAGGUGAAGAUGUGGGCACAGAGAAGGACGAGGAUCUGACUAAGCCCAGGAAGCCGAAAGCUCCAGACAACCCUUUCCAUGGCAUUGUCUCCAAGUGCUUUGAACCUCAUCUAUAUGUCUACAUAGAAUCCCAAGACAAGAACCUGGGAGAACUGAUUGACCGUUUUGUGGCUGACUUCCGAGCACAAGGCCCACCCAAGGCAGGCACGGAGGAGGGCGGAGCAGUGCUGCCCAGCUGUGCUGACCUCUUUGUCUAUUACAAGAAGUGCAUGGUGCAGUGCUCCCAACUGAGCACUGGAGAACCAAUGAUCGCCCUCUCGACCAUCUUCCAGAAAUUCCUGAGAGAGUACGCCUGGAAGAUCCUCUCUGGCAACCUGCCUAAAUCCAGCAGCAACAGUGGAGGUCUUACCAUCAGCAGUCUGCUGAAGGAGAAAGAAGGCUCAGAAGCUGCUAAGUUCACCGUGGAUGAGCUCUGCCUGAUCUGUAGCAUCCUCAGUACUGCAGAGUACUGUUUGGCUACCACACAACAGUUGGAGGAGAAACUAAAGGAGAAAGUAGAUAAAGUCCUGGUGGAGAGAAUUAAUUUGACUGGGGAGAUGGAUACAUUCAGCACUGUGAUCUCAAACAGUAUCCAGCUGCUUGUUCAAGAUCUAGAUGCUGCCUGUGACCCUGCUCUCACUGCUAUGAGCAAGAUGCCGUGGCAGAGUGUGGAGCAUGUGGGUGACCAGAGUCCUUAUGUGACGUCAAUCAUCAUGCACAUUAAGCAAAACGUGCCUAUCAUCAGAGACAAUUUGGCCUCUACACGCAAAUACUUCACACAAUUCUGCAUCAAGUUCACAAAUUCUUUCAUUCCCAAAUUUAUUAACCACCUGUUCAGAUGUAAGCCUAUCAGCAUGGUGGGAGCUGAACAACUCCUCCUUGACACUCACUCUCUGAAGACGGUCUUGCUGGAUCUGCCCUCCAUAGGCUCCCAAGUGCUCCGCAAGGCACCUGCCAGCUACACCAAGAUAGUGGUGAAAGGCAUGACCCGUGCAGAGAUGAUCCUUAAGGUGGUGAUGGCCCCACAUGAACCGCCAGUGGUGUUUGUUGAUAACUACAUCAAGCUCCUGGCUGAUGGCAAUCCUGAGACCUUCCAGAAGAUUCUGGACAUGAAG